AUACUUUCAAGUAUUCCAACCAUGCCAGGCCUUGGCCUAGCUACCAGUAACGCAUAUUAAGACUGGGUUUCUUCACUCCCUGAUUGCCAUCACAAUGAGUAAUUAUGAUUCACGUCACAGGGCUUUCGAAGCUUUCAAUAUGAAUUACUCUCCCGCUAACUCUAUGGACGAACAUUUCCAACGAUGUUGGGCUCAGCAGUCUUGUGGAGGAUGUCUGGACCGCCUCGACUGCAGUUGGUGCCCUUAUACAUGGUCAUGCGUGCCAAAUGAACAUACGAUUCCAUUUCUCGCACCAGCCUUUGACGCCGAAAUUUGCCCGCACCCUGAUGAAAGAUGGGAGGUGAGGACGAGGCCUCUCGGAUGCCACGUUUCAUCUAGGAUGGGGCUCACGGUUGCUGUGACUAUUGUGGCUACGUUGGCAGCUGUCCUGGUUGUCGCGGCGUCGGUGGUCUUGGUGCGGAAGAUAUGGAAAUCAGGAAAGAUGGGCUGGGGAUGGAUAUAUCGAUGGAAGUCGCCAUUCCAGCGGCAGGCCGAUAGAGGUGAUCCAGAGCGGGACCCAUUGCUAUCGACGGAGCAAGAGGAUCCAGCUGCGAAUAUCUGACAUUGGCGACAUUCUACUCAGAAAGUGUCCACCUCUCUUUAAACAAACGGACAAAUCCGCAGCCACCAAGAGAACGCAAAGCUUGUCACAAAUACGAAUGCACUGCCAGAUAAUCAGCCAGAGCUAACUGGUGGAAUUAUGGCAACCUCGUCUCCCUCUUGGAUCACCAGGCCUUCUUCGCCCUCCGUGGGAAUGUCUACAUAAUCCAGGUUGACCGUUACCAAACACGAGUCGAGUAUCUUAGCCUGCAUUCCGGGAUAUCGCGACUCCAGUUCGGAAAAGAGCUUUCCAAUAGAUAUAGGCGCAGACAGGCUCUCGUAAUCUUUGCCUGUAAAAGAGCUGGCGCUGGCAAAAUAGAGCAAGCUGAAGUGGCCGGGCGGUGACUUUGGUGCGGAUGAUGUCAUGAUAGAAAGUGUGUACCGAAAUGAAUUUAUGCGUUGAAAAGAAGC